AUGCAACUCAAGACCAUCCUCACCGUGCUUGCAGCAGUCCUCGCCGUCGCCUCUGCGGCACCAGCCCCUGUCCAGGCCGCAGACAUCAGUGCCAUCCUUCCCGGAGCCCGCCUCAGCAAGUUCGUCGUCGACAUCAACGAGAAUGAGAAUGAAGACCUCAACGACGAAAACUCCAAAAUCAUCGUCUACCCCGGCGGAGGCCGACCCCCCACCGUCAUCGUUAGGCCCUCCCCUUACGGUCCCAUCCUCCUCAAACGCUCUCACAAGCGCUCCGACGUCGAUGAUGCUGAAAAUGACGACCCCAAGGUUAUUCUCUACCCCGGCGGUGGUGGCGGAGGAUACCCACGCCCUCCUUAUAACCCCGGCGGAGUUCGCCCCCCUAUCAUCAUCAUCAUCGACCCUUAUGGCCGCCGCGGUCCAGGCGGUGGCGGCGGCCUACUCCUUAAGCGCCCUCGCAAGCGCUCUAAGGCUAUCGACGAGGAUUCCAAGAUCUCAUUCAUCCAACCCGGUGCUGGUCCCCGGCCCCGCUACCCACCCGGCUACCCGCUCGGACAACAUAAACCUUCCCAGAAGCCUGGGACCCUCGAUGCCAGGUCGGGCAUGAAGAAGGACAAGUCGGACGAGAACGACGAUGUCAAGUACUCGUUGAUCUACCCCCCCUCACCCUACUGGGACCCUCGUCGCCCUCACAUCAUGAGUAAGUAA